AUGUCACAAGGACCGUCGGGUAAUACGACACAGAGGCUCAUCCGUGAGUUGAAGGACUACAGCAAAUCCCCGAACGAGGCGCUGCUCCACCUCGGUCCUGUCGAUGAUGAGGAUUUACUACACUGGGAGGCGGUGUUGAAGGGUGUCAAUGGGACGCCGUAUGAAGACGGCCUCUGGCACCUCCGCAUCGCAAUCCCCCCAAACUACCCCCUAUCCCCGCCAACGAUCCAUUUCACGACGCGCAUAUCGCACCCCAAUAUUUCAUUCACUACAGGAGAGAUCUGUCUGACGCUUUUGACGACUGAGCAUUGGAGUCCUGUGUAUACGCUGUCGACGACAUUGACAGCGAUCCAGCAGUUAUUGACAGAUCCGCAGCCUGAUUCGCCGUUGAAUGUGGAUGUUGCUGCUUUGUUGCGCGAUGGGGAUAUUGCGGCUUGGGAGAGUGUUGUGAGGUAUUGGACUGGGGAGGAGAGGUGGAAGGGUGCUGGGAAUCUUGGACGGUGA